CUGCGAUUGACAAAUGCACCAAUCAGUGGAGUUGACGCAAGUCCGACCGUCAAAGGAUCAUGUUUCAAAUCCUUCCUCUUAAAUGUGCCCCUUCAUUUUCUUUUUAAAGAAAAAACCCCAUCAAGAGUCAGGAUUGAUAUCUGUCGUACAUCAGUAGUGAGCAGUGGAGGCAGACCUUUUCAGGUUCUUAUCUGCCCGGGUGUUGCACGAUACACCUGACGCUGCGUCGGCCCGGCCACAUUAGGGCACGAUAUGCUGUGCGAAGUGCUGAGUCCGGAUAACUUGCGCGAUCAGACCAGCAAUGACAGUGGGAUAGACUGCCGCUUCCAGGGGAACCACCUGCCUCUUCCAGCCGGAGAAGUGCCAACCAUUCCCGGCGUCUGCACGCUGCAGAGUCCCCGUUCUCCCUCUGCGACAGUCUCCCGGUUCUGCAAGCAGGAACGAAAGACCAGGCCAGAAGCGGCGAGCAAGAACCAAGGUGAAUCCGAGAAGUAUUUGGGAGUAAGAGUUCGUCUGCCUGUCCGAGAUCUCCUCCGUAAUUACCGCAAAGCCAAAGGACAAGAGCCAAAAGACUUCCAGGAAGAUGUGGCCUGGAAAUUAAAUAACAAAAGAAAGCGUGCUGUCAGGGAUACACUACAAGGUCACCCAUGUUCUGCUAAAGGGAGCAAACAGACAAAAAAGGUGAAUGUUUGUCCUCCAAAAAAUGUUGAAGAUUUGUUGGAAGAUUUGGUGGAAGUUUUGGAGACAGAUCUGAAGCAAGGGGGACUGCAACCCCAUCAGGGACAAAUUGGAAUUAAUUGUCCUCAGAGGUAUUACAUGGGCUGUCCUGUCAGCCUCAGAGACCUGCACUCUAGAAACCAUCACCCUGUUCUACAAGCUAACAACCCAGCCUUCCACUACAACGUGGGUUACCUCUAUGAGAAUGAUGCAGCCCACCUGGAUCUGGUAUCUCCAUCGUACAAACCGUAUUCAGCUUCAGAAUAUGAGUCUUGGUACCGUUCACCAGGCUGGUUGGCAGCCUUUGCCCGAGAGUGCUGUGCGGACAAUUCUGAGGAAGGCAAACUUUUCUGUCUGCAUCAGUGCUAUCCUCACAAUACCAGAUAUCUGUCACAUCCUCAGUCACCACUGCCAAAGCCAAAAGUGUUAGGGCAGGCGGCGUCGAGUGAUACCCAGAGCAGCAGAUCCACUCUGAAAUUGGAAGUUUCUCAACAGCAAUAUCUUCCAGAAAGCUCCGCAUUGUCUUUCUUCCAGUUUCAACUGCAGCAGAUCGAGGGCAGCCUUGUUGCCUUGUCACCUGAGGACAUCCUGUCAGUGGACAAGUAUGGCAACACAUUGUUACAUUAUGCUGUCAUUCAGGGGAAGAGAGCUCUAGCUUAUGGGUUAGCUUGUCGGAUGUCUGACUUGAGUAGCAUUGAUACAAAGGAUUCCAGAGGUCAGACUGCGCUACACUUAGCUGCGGAACGAAACCAGCACCUGAUGGUCAAUGAUCUUAUUUCACUGGGAGCCCAGAUCAAUGAGAGGGACUUUCUGGGGAAGACUCCUAUACAUCUGUGUGCAGAGAAUGGCUUCCUCCAAGUAUUACAGGUAAUAGAGAAGACCCUGAAGAAUGGAACAGAUUUUGACAUUGAUGCCAGGGACAAUAAUUAUCUGACCCCAUUACACUAUGUAAUGUUGGCUCACAUUGCAACAGUAAAGGAGUUUGAGAACUUGGAGAUGGGCAGUGACAUGCAGAGGUUCAUGGCGCUGAGAAAGGAGCAGCUCCUGGAUGGGUUGAGAUGCCUGCUGAGGAUGGGAUCCUCUAUUUCCUUGCAGGACAUGAAUGGACAAAGUAUCAUCCAUUUGGCAGAGGAAGAAAAUGACACUGAAGUCCUGAAUUUGCUUUAUGACCAUAUUGGUAAAAUGAAAACCAUUGCUCACAAGGAACUUGGCUCUAAUGCAGUACUCGAUUCAGUGUAUCAGAAAGCUGAGGUCCUAGUGAUAGCCCCUGAACUGCCUCCUUGUAAAAACUACAAGCAGCCUAGCAAUGUGCCACAAGGGACUCUGCCAGAUCAGUGAGAAGGUUAAGGAAAUGAGAAGUAAAGGUCAAUGUGGAACGUGAGCUACGGCUAAUGUCAAGCCACUGCCUUUUUGGACAUGCACAUGAAUGGAUGGUGGAUGGUGAUGUAGUAGUUAAGUCACUGGCAGAACUCUGGGCCAUUUGUCCAGCCGAUGUGAAUCCCACCUUGGCAAAUGUGGAAUUUUAAAUUCAAGUAAUUAAAUAAAUUUGGAAUUUAACGUAGCAGCUAACAGAUCACUUUACAGCACCAGUGAUCACUGAUCGGAGUUCAAUUCCCACUGCAGUGUGUAAGGACUUUUAUGUUCUCCCUGUGACCGUGUGGCUUACCUCCAGGUGCUCCAGGUUCCUUGUACCUUCCAAAGAUGAACGGUUAGGGUUAGUGAGUUGUGGCCGUGCUACGUUGGUGCCAGAGGUGUGAUCACAGCACAAUACUCACUGAUUGAUUUGAUGUAAAACAACACAUCUCACUCUGUUUCAAUAUACAUUGGACAAAUAAAGCUCAUCUUUCUUUAAUGUUUAUAAAUCUAUUCCCAGAAAUGGUAACUGUGAAACUAUUAAAUAGCUCUGAAGCCCUAAAUGAAAGCUGUUAAACUACACAAAAAGAAAUGUGCCAAUCUUCUUGUGAGCCUACUGCUCCUAGCAACUUCUUCAAUUCAGCGAUAGAAAUAAACACUAGUCAUCAAUAUCCUCAACCUGUGAGCAAGAAAACACACAAGGUUCUGCAGAUGCUAGAAAUCUAAAGCAGCAAUCACAAAAUGCAAGAGGAAUUCAGCAGAUCAGAUAGCAUCCAAAGGAGUACAAUACUCAGUUGACGUUUUGAGCUGAGAACCCUCACAUUACCCCUUCUUCUCACCUGCCCAUCACCUCCCUCUGGUUCCCUUCCACAUUCCCUUUUCCCUGGUCCAUUCUCCUCCACUUUCAGAUUCCUCCUUCUUCAACCCCUUACCUCUUCCACCUGUCACCUCCCAACUUCUCACUUCAUCCCCCUCCCCCACCUACCUAUCUUCCCCUCACCUAUCACCAACUUGUACUCCUUUCCCUCCACCACCUAUUCUAGCUUCUUCCUCCUUCCUUUCCAAUCCUGAUGAAAGAUCUUGAGCCAAAAUAUCAACUGUUUAUUCAACAUCAAAAUAUUUAGUAAUUUCCAUAUGUGCUGCCUGACUUGCUGAGUUCAUCCAGCAUUUUAAGAAAACACUCAAAUUGCUUAUUAAGUUCAAAAUCAUUGUGAAAAACAAAUAAUAUGCAAUAAAAGCAUUUUAUAAAUGAAGUUGAGUAUUAUUAUAAAUAAAUGACGAUCCAAAAUACAUGUUUGAACAUUUUUGAAGGCAUUACUCAAAAUUAGUGCAAGGAUAUGUUCCCUUGCACCAACUGCGUAAAGGAUAUUAAAACACAACUAGAGUUAUAAGGCAGUCCUUCCAGGUGAGACUUCACUUCACCUGUGUAUCUGCAGGAGUUGUCUAUUGUGUACAGAGCUCCCAAUGUGGCAUCCUCAACAUGGUGAGACCCGUUAUAAAUUGGGGGACCACUUCAUUGAGCAUCUCUGCUCCAUCCACCACAAGCAGGACUUCAGGUGGCCAAACAUUUUAAUUCCAAUUCCCAUUCUGACAUGUCGAUCCAUGGCCUCCUCUUGUGCCAAGAUGAGGUCACCCUCAGGGUGGAGGAGCAACGCUUGUAUUCCGUCUGGGCAGCCUCAAACCUGAUGGCAUGAAUAUUGAUUUCUUCGGUAAACAAAUUUUUUACUCUCCCCACCCCCCCCCAACUCUUCUUCUAUUUCCCACUCUGACCUUUUACCUCUUCUCACCUACCUAUUACUUCCCCUGGGUCCCUUCCUCCUUCCCUUUCUCCUAUGGUCCACUCUGCUCUCCUGUCAGAUUCCUUCUUCUCCAGCCCUUGGCCUUUCCUACCCACCUGGUUUCACCUAUCAACUUCUAGUUAGCCUCACUCCACCUUUUUAUUUGGGUGUCUUCCCUCUUCCUUUCCUGUUCUGAAGGAGGGUCUCGGCCUGAAACCUCAAAAGUUUAUUCAUUUCCAUAGAUGCUGUCUGACCUGCUGUGCUCCUCCAGCAUUUUGUGUGUGUUGCUCUGGAGUCUCUCGUGUUUAGUUAUAAGAGUUGCACAUAUACCUAAAAAGAAGUAAACAUGUCCUUAGACUGAUUGCAAAGUCGAAAUUGUUGUCUUCUGUUCAAAAUCUGUUAAAUAGGACAGAUUAUGUGUGUGGAUGGAACGUCUCACUGCAGCAGCUGGACGAGACGGGUAUAACAGGUAUCCCCCUACAAUCUGUGACACUAACCCUACCAAACUGAACUGAGUUGACCUUAAUCAUUUGAGUUUGCAUUCUCUUGGGGUUAUUCAUUGCCAAAUUAGUAUGUUAUAUCAAUUAAGAGAAAGAGAAAAAAUAAAAUAAGACUCUUCUACUAUUACUGACCAAUUAAAACAAACAAUUUCAAUUUUGGCUUCUGGUCUUUUCAGGUUAUAUGGGAAUCUGUGGUUGCAAACGAGCUGGUUUCUCUGAAGCUUCUGUUGGUUAUAUUGUCUAGCAAUUGCACUGUAUAUAUUGUGUCAAUAAAUGGUUUCUUAUGACUUUCCCCCUUGUUUCUCUGUACAAUUAUGUUGACUUUUUUUUUCUGAGCAUGAUUACUCCUUUGGUAGUUCACCUAUUUUUG